AGUUUGGUCAUAACGGGUUACGGGUUAUAAAUGGUUCGGUCACAACGGGUUACGGGUUGGACCGGUUCAGGUUUAUCGGAUUUUUGUUGGGUUUAAACGAUUUUCGGUUUAAAAUGGGUCGGGUUACUAUCGGGUUCAGACGUAAUCGGUUCGGGUUAUUGUCAGUUUCGGGUUAUAACAGUUUGGCUUGAUAACGGGUCGGGUUAGUAACGGUUCGCACAACUUCGGUUCAGUUCAAUUUCGGGUUUUAAAAAAUUGGGUCGGGUCGAUUUUCGAUUUCUAAAAAUGGAUUUUUAACGGUUUAAUUUAUUUUCGAAUCGGUUCAAAACAGUCGAAUUUAACGAUUCGGGUUAGAAACUAAUAGCUCCACAAAGUACAAUCAAUUUGGUGAGCACCUUCAUCAUUACUUAACUUCCAAUUCUAUCUCCUUUUUCUCUUAUAAUUCUUGAGACUUACCUUCCCAAAAUAACAACAUUAAGGUCACCCCCCACCACCUCCCCCAAUUGAUAACAGAUAACCCCUAAAACAAAUAAAUCGCCCUUUUCCCAUCUCACUUCAAACCUCCCUCAUAUCAUCUUUUCACCUACCCAAUUUUCUCCUAUUCAAAAAAAAAAAAAACAAAACACUUCAAAUCCAAAAAUUAUAAAUAUAAUUCUUCUGCACUUUCCAAGCAUAAAUAAAACCCCCAAAAUUAAUUUUUUGAAAUUCUCUCUCCUCUCUUUUCCUUUCUCUCUCCUACAUGCUUUCUCCGUCAAAGUAACAGUUGGUAACCAUGGAACAACAACACCAAGGAAGAACAACAUCAACAAAAACAAAAAAUAUUCCAGUUUUUAUAAACAAUAAUAUGAAUGGAAAUUAUAAUAAUAAUAAUAAUAGUCCUCGAAAAUCGAUGCAAUUUUCAAAGUGGGUAUCCGAUCUCAAUUGCCGUCUCCUUCUCAUACUAUUCUCCUCUUUAUUUCUCCUCCUCCUUUACUUCUCCACUUACGGCGGCGCCGGAAUAAUCGAGUUCAGCUUACGAAAACCGCCGUAUACGGCGGCGGAGGAGAUUCGGAAAUCGGAGUUGACCAAGUCAAGGAUUGCGGUGUGCUUGGUGGGUGGUGCUAGAAGGUUCGAACUCACUGGUCCUUCUAUAAUUGAACGAGUCCUAAAAGAGUUUCCUAACUCGGACUUAUUCUUGAAUAGUCCACUCGAUUCCAAGUCCUUUAAGUUGUCUUUGUUGAAGUUUGCUCCUCGACUUAACUCGGUUAGGAUUUUUAAGCCAACCCCGAUUCCUGAAACUGAGUCGCAGGUUCGCGUUCUCACUGCCGCUAACUCGCCCAAUGGCAUUCAGGGACUACUACAAUAUUUCAGUUUGGUGGAAGGAUGUCUAACAUUGAUCAAUGACUACCAAAGGGAGAAGGGUUUUACAUAUGAUUGGAUUGUCCGAACCCGUGUUGAUGGCUAUUGGUCUGCCCCACUGAGCUCGGAUAGCUUUAUCCCGGGUAAAUACGUGGUUCCGCCGGGGUCCUCAUUCAGUGGCCUCAAUGACCGGCUUGGCGUAGGGGACUAUAAUACCUCCGUGGUGGCACUCUCCCGUCUGUCACUCAUUCCCACCUUGGAUAAACUGAACUACACUCAGCUCAACUCCGAGACUGCAUUCAAAGCCCAACUCACCUCUCACAAUGUCUCAUACCAGACCCCGGCUCAACCCUUCUGCAUUGUAACAGACCGCAAGUAUCCAUUCCCACCGGGUCAUUUUGAUGUGCCUGUUGCUGCUCUAUCAAGCCCUGGGCCCUUAAGCGGUGCCAAGUGCAGACCUUGCAAUCCCACUUGUACGGGUUCUUGUGUGGCUGAUGUGAUGGUUGGGCUGAGCAAAGGGUGGAGUUGGACUCCUUGGACAAGCGGCUCAAUCGAGCUUUGUAAUGCUCAUAGUGAGUGGGAAGUGGGCUGGGAGGAGAUGUUUGAUGAAGCUGCUGGUAAGAAACUGGCCCAAUUUAGGAAAAGAGUUAAGACUAUGAAUGUUAAACAAUGUGUGAAGGAUUUUAAGCAGAUGAAGAAAAAAGCAGCUAAGUGGGAUACUCCACCCUUGGAACAAAUUUGUAAACUUGGAUUAGGGCCCAAACAGUGAUACAGUAGUAUAUACAAUAUACUUGACAAAAUACAUCAUAUGAUUUUCUUGUACAUAGAUAGAUUUGUUCAUUGAGGGGUAAAAAGUGAGAUAAAAGAUGAGUAUUUAGGGUUAUAAAAAGGUAAUUUUACAGUUUUACCAGUAGAUUAUUCUAUUUGGAUGACAAAAUAUCUUAUGAUUAAUAAACUGUUUUGAUAUGAGACUUUGAUAAAUUCAAUUAUUAAAUUUUGAA